GUCAACAAUGGCUUCUUCAUCUUCAUCGUCAGGUUCAGGUCCAGUGGUGACGGAGCGAAGAGGAAUACCAGGUGCUCAGUUCGUAGAAGAUGUCCACACUUAUCUCGCUCAGUCAGGCCUCGAUGUUAGCUCCGCCCUCGCUUUUCUUCAAGAAAGACUUCAGCAAUACAAGUUAGUCGAAAUGAAGCUCCUUGCUCAGCAAAGGGAUCUUCAGGCAAAGAUACCAGAUAUUGAAAAGUGCUUAGACAUUGUUGCUACAUUGCAAGCUAAGAAGGGUACUGGUGAGGAUCUUAUUGCUGAUUUUGAAGUGUCAGAAGGCAUAUAUUCACGAGCUCGUGUAGAGGAAACUGACUGUGUGUGUUUAUGGCUGGGAGCAAAUGUUAUGUUGGAAUAUUCAUUAGAGGAGGCUACUGGUCUUCUACAGAAGAACCUGGAUAAUGCUAGAGCCAGUUUAGAAGUUCUUGUUGCAGAUCUACAGUUCUUGAGGGAGCAGGUGACAAUUACUCAGGUUACAAUUGCUCGCGUGUAUAAUUGGGAUGUUCAUCAACGAAGGAUUCAACAAGCUGCUCCUACGACUGCUCAAGACUAGUAAAAGGAGAGAAUUUAUCUGCACCUAGAUCUAAAUUUGGGCACUUAUUUCUUUUCAGUUGAGAGUAUGAUUCUAAUCUUUUGCCAGUUUCUAAUUUAGAUGAAUCGUGGGUUGCUUCCCAAGUUCCGGUUUCACCAAGGUAGAUUCUAAGAUUGGAACCAUUUUUUAUAUAUGCCUGUUAAUCUCCUGGCCUCUGGAACAUUUGUAAAAUGCCCCAUAUAUAUUAUUAGGUUGAUGGGACAGUUUUGUUUGGUGUGAUCAUAUUGGUAUGUUCUACUCUGCAAUUUGGUUUUACUUGUUUAAUUUUAUAUUCC